AUGGCGUUACGAUUCCGGCCCCCGAAGCCGAGCCAGAAGAUCCUGCCGGUUAAGCCGACAAAGGGACACUUCCUGUUCGCUCACCAGGAGUUUAAGCGCGUGCCCUGGUGGAAGAGGAAGAAUAUGCGGACCCUGUACAUCUAUAUCGUUAUCCUGAUCAUGACCAACACCGCGAACGGUUUCGACGGUUCCAUGAUGAACGGUCUCCAAACUCUUUCCUACUGGCAGGAAUACUUCGGGCACCCUCACGGCUCGCUUCUCGGCCUCUUCAAUGCCUCCAUGAGUCUUGGCUCCCUGCUCGGUCUGUUCGUCGUGCCUUACAUGAUUGAUGCCUGGGGCCGUAGGCUGGGUUGUUUCGUUGGAUGUCUUAUUAUGUUGCUUGCUGUUGGUUUGCAGUCUGGCGCUACUGGCUUUGGCAUGUUCAUCGCGGCUCGUCUUCUUAUUGGAUUUGGUGAUUGUCUUGUUCUUGGCAGUGCUCCGCUUUUGAUUGCGGAGAUUGCGCAUCCGCAAGAUCGUGCUGUUCUUGUCACGCUUAGUGGUGCUUCGUAUCACUCUGGCGCGUUCAUUGCUAGCUGGGUGACUUUGGGCACAUUGAAGAUUCAGAGCGACUGGUCAUGGCGUCUGCCCAGCCUGUUGCAGGCCAUUUGCACCAUUGUCAUCGUCUGUGGUAUCUGGCUCAUGCCAGAAAGCCCUCGUUGGCUCAUGAGCAAGGGAAGACACGAUGAAGCCAUGCGUAUUCUCGUCAAGUACCAUGGCGAGGGAGACCAGGAUGACGCAUUUGUGCAUCUCGAGUAUGCCGAGAUCAAAGCCGCCAUCGAUCUGGACAAGGAGAUUGACCAAACUCGCUGGGUCGACUUCUUGAAGACCAAGGGCAACCGCAAGCGAAUCGGCCUGAUCACUGCUUUGGGUCUCUUCAGUCAAUGGAGUGGCAAUGGUUUGAUCUCUUACUAUCUCAAGCAAGUCAUGGACAGCGUUGGUAUCACCAAGGCCUCUACGCAACUUGGAAUCAACGCUGGUAUCAAGUCCGAGGCCUUGAUCACCAACUUCACCCUGGCCUUCUUCAUCGAUAGGUUGGGACGACGACCGGUCUACAUGGUUUCGACGGUUGGCACGUUCGUGGUCUUCAAUGCAUGGACUAUCGUGUCAGCUCGGUACGCCAUCGCGGCUAAUCAGGCACUUGGAUACAUUUUCGUGGUUCUGACCGUUCUCUAUGGAGUAUUCUACGAUAUCAAAUCGGGUCUGAUGGCAACCUACACCACCGAAAUUCUCCCCUACGGUCUCCGAGCCAAGGGUUUCACCUGGCUGAACUUCUGCGUCACCGCCGCACUCUUCUUCAACCAGUACAUUAACGCGAUUGCGCUCGAUGCCAUUGGCUGGAAGUACUACAUCGUUUACUGCGUCUUCCUUGGAGCGGAGGUGUUCGUUAUCUACACCUUUUUGAUUGAAACCCGGUAUACUCCCAUGGAGGAAAUCGCCAAGUACUUCGAUGGCGACGAUGCGGUUGAUAUUGGUGAGAUUGCUGUUGCGGAUAUGAAGGAGCAAGCUCGGGAGUCGGAGGGCAAGGCGGCUACUGUUCAUGUUGAAGUGAAGGAGUAA